AUGGCUGGGCAGAGCCCGCUCCGCCGGUGGAAGCGCUUCUUCGAGGCGUUCGACGCCAUUGACGCCGCGAUCGAGGCCGCUGACCCGGGCGCCUCCCGCGCAGAGCACUGCCGCGCGAGGGGCGACCUCGUGGAGAUGCUCUGCGACGCCGCAGACGACGACGGCGAGCGCGCGGAGGGGCUCUGCUUGCUGCUGGACGACGCGAUGGCUUUGGCGCUGGAGACGCUGAGGGUGGUGCCCGUGACGCCAGCGAUGCUGACGACCACCAACAUCGCCAGGGCCGUCGGCGACCUGCGGAAGCACGAUUCCGAGCGGGUCCGCUGCCUCGCGCGCGACAUCUUCGGCGGGUGGAGAGCGACGAUCGAGGGCCACCUCUCCACGGUCAGAGCCGCCUUGGAGAAGCUGUCGCAGAUACCGCCGGAGCGCAAGGCGGUCGCCCCUCCCUUCACCGGAGACGUCCGCAACGACCGUGAGUCCACUGUUCUCAAAGCGGACACGAAGCAAGGUACCAAGAUCCCAGAGCCACCCAGGAAGACGUCGCGCGUCGUCGGCAGUGACCGGGCCCGGAGCGAGAAGACGGAGGCUGCACAGCGCAAGCUCCAGGACGGCUACGCCCCCAGCGACCGUGAGUACACAGUUCUUCAAGCGCACAUGAAGCAAGAUACCAAGAUCCCAGAUCUGCCCAAGAAGAUGCCGCCUGCCGUUGCCAGUGGCGGCGGCGACCGCAUCAGGAGCGAGAAGACGGAGGCUGCAAAGCGCAAGCCCCGCGACGGCUACAACAGAGAGGCAGAGGACGCAAAGCGGCAGCGCAAGACACCGGAGGUAGUCGAGCAGAGGCCGCGGAAGACUCAUCCACACCCGAUCAUGAGGGAGAUGGAGUGGAGCCGAAAGAGCUCGACGACCGAGAGGCGCUUCUUGACGUCGUCGUCGGUUCGUAGUCGUAGGGUUUAGGGCUUUGUGAGU